AUGAACGCCUACAGUGGGCACACCUAUAAGUUCACUAAGGAGGAUGGGAGUUUCAAGUAUAUCAAGGUUCACAUCAAAACGCAGAUAGGAGUCAAGAAUCUCAACCGUGAAACCUCCAUCAAAAUAGCCGGCGAAAAUCCUGAUUUCUUGGUGGACGACCUUUACCAGGCGAUUGAGAAAGGAGACUUCCCUGUGUGGGAUGUGUUCGUGCAGAUAAUGGACCCUAAUGAGGCGGAGACAUACAAGGUCAAUAUUUUCGACAUGACGAAAGUGUGGUCGCACAAAGACUUUCCCUUGCGCCAAAUUGGACGCUUGACUCUGAAUCGCAACCCGCGAAACUACUUCACCGACAUUGAACAGGCCGCGUUCUCCCCAUCGACCAUGGUUCCAGGCUGGGCCCCAUCUGCAGAUCCAAUGCUUCAAGCAAGAAUGUUUGCCUACCCUGACGCGGCCCGGUACCGCCUUGGCGUGAAUUACCAGCGACUGCCAACAAAUCGCGCGGCUGUGCCUGUCUACAGCCCUUUCCAGCGUGAUGGCUUUAUGAAUUUUACUGAAAAUUAUGGGGAUGAUCCUAAUUAUGUUGGAUCUAUGUUGCACCCGACGACAUUUAGGGCUUCGUCACUUGGGGCUCGCAGCGGUGGAGGACUCAGCACGGUCACCGAGCAUGAGAAGUGGGCAGGCGAGGUUUCAAACUUCACUAGUGAAGUUGGGCCCGAAGAUUUCGAGCAAGCAACGGCUCUUUGGGAGGUAUUAGGUCGAGACGGCAAACACCAGGAUCGAUUCGUAGGCAACGUCGCGGACCAUGUCUCGAAGGUGACCAACUCAAAGCUACGGAUGAAGGUUUACGGUACAACUAUUCUCCCACGUCAGCAAUAUAUUGGCGGUCCGGCAGAGGCAAUUUUCGCAGAUCAACGUGCUGUGGCGCUUUAG